GGCACAGAACUUCGGAGUGUAUGGGAAGCACCAUUCCUCCAUUUGUGAAAAACCACUGAAAGAGAACCUGAUAACAACCAAUCAAGGAAACGAACAGCAUGUUGUAUAUCCAGUUGUGGUUGUAGAUGUGCAUGGAGUCAAAUGUCGUGCGUUGUUGGAUUCGGGAUCAGGUAGCUCCUACGCAUCAGCCGUCUUGCUCAAAACGAUUGGAGUCAAACCCAUCAGCUCGGAAACGCGACAAAUCGAAAUGAUGUUGAGCACCACAACACGAAGGAUGGACGUUUGCACUGUCAAU